CAACUCUGUCUGCUAUCUGCGGUCGUGUCAUGUGCUCAAUUUUUCCCAUACACUUUUAUACUUGUAAAUGACAGCAGAGCAAACAUGCCUCUUUGAUUUACGACAAAUCGCAACGAUGUUUUUUUACUGUUUAAUGUAGUUGCUAAAGUUGUUAUAAAAAAAAUUUUAAUUAACAGUAUUUUUCGAGCCUUUUAAUAUGUUAUCAAAGUAUAUUUGGAUAAUUUUAUUUACAUCAACACUUUACGUGUUGUAUUCUAAUGAUAAACUUACUUGUAUAGAAAAAUAUAUAAAACCUUAUUAUAUAAAUGUUAGACCCAAUACUAUAGAAACUGCAGAUGUACUAACUGUGGUACCUGAAAAUACUCGCAAUAAAAAGAGUGAUGAUUUAUAUGAUCUAAGUGCACUUAAAAAAUACGUAAAUUUAGAAGAUGGCUUGUACCUAGCUAUAUUGGGACAAGUUUUUGAUGUAACAAGUGGUGCUAAGCAUUAUGGACCAAAUAAGUCUUAUCAUGCAUUCACAGGAUUGGAUGGUUCUGCAGCAUUCAUUACCGGUGAUUUUACUGACACUGGACUUUCAGAUGAUGUUUCAUCCUUGACUGAUAAACAAAUUUUAUCUUUGUUAGAAUGGGUAGACUUUUAUAAAAAAACUUACCUAUAUAAAGGUAAAUUAAUUGGAAGAUACUAUGAUAAAUGGGGAAAUCCAACUGCAGAAAAUCUUAUUGUAGAACACAGAGCUCUUUUAGCAAAAGAAAAAAAUAUCAUUGAAGAGAAAAAAAAAGUAAAAUUCCCUCCAUGUAAUAUAGAAUGGAGUCCUGAAACUGGAACUAGAGUUUGGUGUUCAAAAAAUAGCGGAGGAAUUUUAAGAGAUUGGAUAGGUGUUCCUCGAAUGCUAUAUGAUAACAUUGAAUCAAAACAACACCGUUGUGCCUGCAUCCCUUUGGAAAGUCUAAAUGAUCAAGAAAGUAGAGAAAUUAUACAAUCUUAUGGUGGAUGUAUUGAAGAUGCAAUAUCAUGCAAUAUUACCCAAGAUCUCUGAGAUUAAAUAAUUUGUUAUGAUAAUCAUAGACAUAUCAAAAUAUAAACUUUAUUUUUUCAU